AUGCACGAAAAAGAUCUAUUUUAUAUCGAGAAAUCGACAAACACUCAACAGGCUCUUGACUUGAUUCUUCCUUUGAAUUUGUCGUCUGGAUAUCAUCCACCAAUUCUCAUCUUUUUACACGGUGGCGCUUGGCGAACUGGGGAUAAGUCUGAAUUCUUAGCUUUUGGCGAGGGGCUAUCCCGGAAAGCCAACGUUGCGGUAGCUCUAGUAAAUUAUCGGUUAAGUACUAAAGAAACAUCUGAAGUCAAACAUCCUAAUCACAUAGAGGAUGUUGCUGCCGCUGUCUUUUGGAUUCAUCAACACGGCAAGAAAUACAAUUAUCGCCAAGACCGAAUAUAUCUCGUUGGACACAGCGCUGGUGCCUUUCUUGCUUCACAGUUGGUAUUUAUGCCCGAGUAUCUUGAUCGGUACGAUUCAUCCAUUCGUGAUCAAAUCAGGGGAGUUGUUGGUAUAGAGGGAAUCUAUGACCUUGUUGAAUUAGUGGAAACAUGGCCUUCAUACAUUGACUUUGUAUCUGGCGCGUUCGGCAUAGAUGAAACAAUCUACAAAACUGCAUCUCCCCAACAUUACACACCGACUGUGAACAUCCCUCCAUACUUGAUUAUUCAUUCUCGUGAUGACGAGCUCGUUCAUCUUGCGCAUUCCCAAAAGUUUGUUUUUCAUGUUCAAAAGUUUGCUGUAAAGUGUGAUUUCGAUACGUCAUUGACAGGAACGCAUGAUGGCAUUCUGAAAACUGGCAAUUUGGUUGAUAGAAUAGCUGAGUUUGUAAUAAUGCUAGAAUCAAGGGAACUAGAUCACCAAGUAAAGUUGUGA